AUGGACUAUGGCUGGUGUGGACUGGCUGGAGUCUUUGCAGUGCUCUUGGUGAUAGCUGCCACCCUCGGCUUCAUCCAGAUCUUCGGGUUGUGGACAUGGCAGGCAUGGAGGAAGCUCUAUGCAUCGGAGGUCCUGCUCUGGAUGGUGUUCCUGGUGUUGUCUCUUUUCAUCGCCAAAGUCUUCGCCACAGUAGUCCAUGUGACAAUCACAUUCUGCAAGAUUCGACAAUAUCGAGCUUUGAUCCACACGGCCGUGCACAAUCAGGACCCGAGACGCAGUGGCAAGGUCCAGAAGGUACUGAUCUGCCACGCGUCGGUUGGCUCUGGCCACUCCAGGGCCGCGCAGGCCCUGGCUUCUGCUGUGAGCCGGUUGGACGAGUCUGUGGAAGUGCGUGUGGUGGAUCUCAUGGAGCCCCCAUAUGCUGAUCGCACCUUGAUUUAUUUCUACAAAGACUGGUACUUGCGUCUGGUUGGAGGAGAGACGGUGUGCGGAAAUCUGGGCGGACUGUUUGUCGGCUUUCUCUUUGAUCGUGCGAACAACGUCCACGACUCCUUCACUGGCGGCAACGCACUUCAACGCCGCAUUACGCAGAGCUUCUUGCUCAAUUUUAUGCAGCUUGUGUGCGAAGCAAAGCCAGAUGUCAUGGUCCACACGCACUUUUUGGCUCCGGAACUUGUGGCAUCUCUUCGCCGCAGGCAUGGGCUGAAAGUUCCGCAGGUGACCGUGGUGACCGACAUGGACGUACAUGCGUGGUGGUAUCAGCAGCCGACGGACCAUUAUUUCGUGCCCAGAGAGAUAGCCAAGUUUCAGCUUGAAGCUGAUGGAGUCCCGGAAGAAGAUAUCACCGUGAGCGGAAUACCGAUUAUGCCUCAUUUCCAGGACACUCUGAACUCCAUCAAACAUCUCGGCCGGGAUGGGCGAAGACAGCGAUUUCUGAGCCAAAUGGAUGCUCCCCUCCAUGAAGCCUUCCUUCCUGUCUCCGACAUGCCAGUGAUUGUUCAAAUGUCCACCGGCAGGAGCGUUCUUCAGAUAUUCAAACAUUUGAUCCAGCUGGAGACACCUUCCAUCCUGGUGGUCGUAUGUGGCCGCCAAGCUGAUUCCAGGGCCGAGCUGGAAAAAGUGCCAGUGCCGCACCGGCAUCGAGUAGCUCUUCUUGGAUUCAGCUCGUGCAUCCACGAGCUUCUAGCCGUCGCCGACGUGGUUAUCUCCAAGCCGGGUGGGCUGAUUACCUCCGAGGCCUUAUCCUGUGGGUUGAUGAUGGUCGUCGUUGACCCGUACCCUGGACAAGAAGAGAGAAAUGCAUCUAUGCUGCUCGAAGAAGGGGCAGGUAUAUGGAUGUGGGACUACCGAGACAUCUCCUUCAGGUUGGAUCGAAUCAUCUCUGCACCCGCAGAGGCCAAAUUCUCCCUGAGCUGGUAUCAGCAGAAUGCCAGGCGCAUUGCCAAACCUGAGGCUGCGUUUAAGAUCGCACGGUACGUCCUCAGCGAUGCUCCGCGACAGCGCAUGAUGCGGGAGGAGUUCGACUUGGAAAUCAGCUCGGACUCGUCCCCUCCUACCGUAAGUCAGGGCAGCUGGUCCGUGUUUGACUACUCGGAUGAGCGGGUCGAUCGAAGGGGUCGCCGUUCUUCUCAUCCGAGGCGGCUUCGUUUGAGCGACUUCAACGAUAUGAAGGCCUUGGAAUCCAAUGCCGUGCCGCACGAAGACAGCGACGGCAGCGAGUUGAGCGACAGCGCACUUCCCAUGCAGGCACCAGACGAGUAA